CUCUAAUGUCAAAAUUUCAGGUUUGCAAUAAGUCUUAUUUUAGCAUGGAAUUUAUUUGCCUCUAAUUACGUUGUCACUACUAGUGAUUGACGUUAUAGAAAUUUGCAAUAACUCUCUAUUAUUGCACAGGUUUAGUAAAAUCAUGUUUUUCGUUUGCGCUAUUUUGUCUUACGCUUUCUCCCAACGCUCAUUGAUUACGUUCGGUAUUUUGUCUGCACUUUUUUUUCUUGGCGCUAUUUUAAUUCGAGCUACUUUUAUGUGCUCUGUUUUAUUAUAGAGACUCAAUUCUUCUUGAGAAUCAAUGAAACUUCUUUGAUGGAGACUCUUGAAUACUAUAGAAUCAGAUAUAGGUAAAAUACCAAUACCAUACACAUCAUUGGUGGAAAAUGGAGACACUCAAAUUCAAAGCGAAAAGGCUAUACUCCCUAGGUCAGAGACCAGGCGCCGUUGAAAAAGAAGAUUAUAUAGGAUCUGAAGAAGAAGAAGAAGAACAUAACCAUAAAACAAAACAAGAAAGAUACCGAAAAAGAAAAAAUAUUUUUAUCCAAUAUUAUAUUUAUUUUACAAAUAUGGGUGAUCAAUCUAUUCUUCCAGUUUCCAAUGAAGAAAUUUUAAGUUUGUGUGCACCAAAACCGACUGAAACAGAGGAGUUUAUAAUGCAACAAACUAUGUAUAGAAUUAAAGAUCCUAGAAAAUCGGUACCAUUCUAUACUCAAGUUCUUGGAAUGCAACUUUUAACUAAAUUAGACUUCCCUUCAAUGAAAUUUUCUUUGUAUUUCUUAGGUUAUGAAGAACCAACAUCUUUACCAGAAGGUUUGACCUCUAAAGAGAGAGUUUCAUGGACUUUUGGUAGAAAAGCAACAAUUGAAUUAACCCAUAAUUGGGGCACCGAAAAUGAUGAUAAUUAUAAACCCCACAAUGGAAAUCAAGAUCCAAAAGGUUUUGGACAUAUUGGUGUAAUGGUACCAGAUGUUUAUAAAGCUUGUGAGAGAUUUGAAAAAUUGGGUGUUAAUUUUGUAAAAAAACCUGAUGAUGGAAAAAUGAAAGGGAUAGCUUUUAUUACUGAUCCUGAUGGAUAUUGGAUUGAAAUAUUUAACAACAAAAUUGUAGCAGAAAUUGUUAAUCCUGUUUAAGUUCCUAAUAGUUUUAUAUUUAUAUUACUGAAAAAAACAACUAGGUAUAAUUUUCAAAAUAUAUUUUUCAAUGUUUA